GCAACACAAACAAAACCACAUGGAUAUUCUGGGAGACGACGAAGCGCAAGAGCUAAAAUAUAAACGAGGGGGGCGGUUGGAUAUGAGCCACGGUUUCCUGCACCAUAUCCGGAGGAACCAGAUUGCUAGAGAUCACUAUGACAAAGAGGUGAAGCAAGCCAAGGAGCUUCAGCGGCGGAGGAACACCACAACCCCCAGAAAACCCCGGAGACCUGACAUCCAAGUGUACCAUCCACGACGAAGACAUGGAUCAGAUCCAGGGGCCGGUGCUGAAGCUGAAGAGUGGAACGAGAGUGGGUCAAGCACAGAGACUGAGAUCCAGGGGACUGAACUCUUUUGGCUUGACUAUCAGGCAGACUCUGGUGCUAUUACAUCCUUCCUCGUGUAUAAGGAUGAUAAGCCUGAGAAAGUGGUGGAGUGUGUUGCAAAAAAGAACAGCUUGGAUUCAGCAAUGAGGGCCGCUCUGGUGGCUCGGAUUCAAAAGGAAAUGGACAAAAGGCGGGACAAACGCUGAGUGAUAAAGCAAGAAUGUGACGGCAGGCAAAAGCCCGUGGAAUUACAUUUCAUUCAGUUUUGUGCUCUUCAAAGCACAAUCACUGUUCAAGGUGUUCGUGGCAUGGCGAAGAACUGGGUCCUGUGCAGAAACUGUCAGCAGAGAGAAGUUUUCUGUUGUUUCAGGAGAAGGACCAGCACUUACGAUAAACAGUACAGUUAGGAGUUGACGUAUUAGUCUUCACUGCAUUGUACUCACCUUAUGUUACCUCAUAUGCUGAUCCUUAACAAACACUUUUUAUUUGACUGUUUGUGGUCUCUCAAAGGAGCGGAUACACUUUGAGUGAGCGCUAUUAACAUUUCUUCUCAAUGUAAAAUGUUUGUGUUUUCUCGUUUACAAAAAUCAAGCAGAUUUGAACAUUUUUGUUUUCUGAUAUCUGAUAUUUGAAAAUGUGAGCAUUAAAUGAUUUGUUAUAUAUUUGGAGAGUUUAGUGGAUAAUGUGUUUGUUUUGUAACUGAAUUUCAUUGUUGUCUGUAUUUAUUAUUUUAUGUUCUUGGAAGACUUUUAUUUUUGAUACUGUAAUGUUUUUGGAUGAGUCCGACAUAUACAUAAAAAAACAACUGAUUACUGUGCAAAUGUGUCUGGGUGUGUAAUUGGAAAACGUUAAUGUGUUAUUUCUCAGAUUCAUGCUAGUUUUCAUUUUCUCAGAGGAAAAUAAUGGAUUAACACUUUUUUUGACAUACUGCUAUCCUAAAAUGUCUAUAUUGUUAGGAAAACAAAAACCAGAACAAUGUGUUUUGCACCAUGUAUUCAGCAGGUGGCACUGUGAAUCUUUUUUUCACUCCAACUCCUUUCUGCCUUUGCCACAAUAGCUGUUGUCUUGUCAUUUUUAGGUGCAUUGUAAUAGUUUGCUUUAUCUGAGAAAACACUACAGUCUCAUUUUCAUAAAAUAGAGAAUCUUUAUAAUGCUAUAGAAAAUGUAGUUAUCUUCAGGUCAAGGAAAAAAGGGGGUCUGAUAAUCUUUUUUCGACUAUUACAACCAGAUCACAGUUGUCAUAUUUCUGUUGAAUCAGCAAACACUACAGAGCUGACAGCAAUGUUCUACUAGUAUGUUAACAUACAGGACCGCAACUCAAUACCUUCAGGAACUGCUUAAGUUCAAACACGCAAUCAGAGCAUUCUGUUUCUACUAUAGAUGCACACACACAACUGUAGUGCAUUCCAUUUCCAUCCGCGGACUGUAUAGUAGUCAAAAGCACACUCUGCCUUGCUAUUGGUGG